AUGAUGUUAAGAUAUAUAAGUUCAAACAGAUUAACUCAAUCAAAUAUAGUUGCGACCGCAUUCGUCAAGAGUGUAUUUGGUCGCUCCACAACCAAGGCCAUCCUCAAUAAUGCAGGUCCAACCUCAUCAUCAUCAAUCAUAUAUUACUCAACAUCAACAACAAAUAAGAAGAAUGAAACAACAACUACAACUACAACAACAACAACAACAGAUGAUAAACACAAUAUUAUUGAUCCAAGCAUUAGAGUUGAUGCAUCACUACUGGUUUAUCAACCAAAGCCUGGUAGAAAGAUGUUAAAGAUCGAUGAGAUGACUGAUGAGUCAAAGCAGAAGUGGUACUUAAAGUUGAUGGGAUUGUACUCAUUCGAUUCGUUGUCACUAAACAACUCACAUUCGAUCUACGACGCCAUUGCCAAUCAGACUGCCAACCCCGAGAUGUACAAGGCCAUCGGUUUGCCAACAACCGUUCGAGGCUGGUUCGCCAUGACCGUUCUACACAUGUGGAUGGUCUUUGUACGUCUGCGCAAAGAUGGUAAAGAUGGUUCCAAGCUCACAACAGACCUAUAUGACAGGUUUUGGGAGGACUUGGAGACAAGAAUAGUUCGUGGUGGUAUCAAUCAUAGGUUCGCAGCCAAGUACUUGAAGGAGUUCUAUAAUAGUUACUUGGGAUCAAUGGUGUCUUAUGAUGAGGCAAUGUUUGAUGAUGCUAUAAUGAGUGAUGCAUUGUGGAGGAAUCUAUUGGCAAUGAAUGAGAAUGUAAGCUUUGCACAACUGGACCUACUAGUAAGAUAUAUCCGUAGACAAUUGAAUCAAUUGGAUAACAAUCCAAAUGUGGCAACACGUGGUGAUAUAUCAUUCGUCAAACUCAUCGACAUCAACUUGAACAGCAGCAACAACAAUAAGAACACCACCAAACAA